UUUCGGUCAGUUUAUUCCCAAACACACAUUUCCACCAGUAACGAACAACAUCACACAUAGCCGAGUCUGACAGUGCCGAAAAAAUAAAUUUAAGCGAGAGUUUCUCUCUGUACUGCUUCGGCAUCGUCGUUAGUUCUUUACUCCUAUUUUUGUUGAAACUGCAAAACUCGGUUAUAUUGAAUGUUAGAGUGAAUUAUUAUCAUAUUCCCUUCAACAUUGAGUGUUCCGUCUCUCAGAUUUCGAUAGAGCCAAAACCCUGAAAAUGGGAGAGAAUAACGUUGAUAUCAAGUUUGAUACCAAAUUUGAGUGUAAAGCCGAUUUCGAUAUACCAAAGUGUGAUGGACAACAACAGAUACAGAAGAGAAACUACCAAUCUUUACAAGAGGGAACCACAACAGAGACAGAGAAACCAGUCAAGAAACACAAGAAGGUGAAAGUAAGCGAUCACACGAUAAAGAACCCAGUCUCCAUCUUAAAUGAGAUGUACAAAGGGCUCAAGUACAACUUCAUCCAACAGAAAGGCCCUUCAAAUAAUCCCAUUUUUACUGUUGAAGUUGAGCUCAAUGGCAAUAAAUACCAGAGUCAAGGUAGAUCCAAAUCUUUGGCUAAACAUCGUGUAGCAAAGAAGAUUCUGGAGAUUCUAGAUCCUGCAAAAUUCUGUAAGGAUGAUAGCGAUAGCGGCUUCGGAUCUGAAGGAAACGGAAGUAUUGGAGGCGAGGAUUGUAGCGAACAAAACCCUGUAUCCGUCCUGAACGAAUUACGUUCUGGACUAAAAUACGUAGUAAUGGAACAGCACGGACCAUCGCAUGCUCCAACAUUCAAAAUUUCCGUAGAAGUGGACGGACAAUCUUAUUUUGGUGUGGGGAGAUCAAAGAAACUGGCGAAAUGUGCAGCGGCAGAGGAAGCUCUGAAGUCCUUCAUACAAUUCCAGAAUAAUAAGAGAUUAAAGAGAGGCCCCGACAGCACCAAUUGCGACUUCAGCCUGGACCAGUUUGAAACGAAGAAAAAGCCGGCCAAAAAACUGACCCCCGAGCAGAAAGGCCCCGUCAUGCAGUUGAACGAGGCUUUUCCAAAUGCGGAGUACGAGUGUAUCGACACUGAAAGGGACCUUCAGUUCAGAUAUGAAGUUACAGUUCAGAUUAAUGGCAGGAAAUUCUCUGGUACAGGCUCAAGCAAAAAAUUCGCUAAGAAGGCUGCUGCGGCGACUGCCUUGAUGGCACUCUUAGAUAUUCACACUCCAGUUAUAAACAACACAUCUCCAGGCAUAAGAAGAACAAAUAUAUCUGCACAGGAGCAAGAAAAGGCAGACCACAUUGGAAGGUUGGUUAACGAAAAGUUUAUGAAUCUGAUGGCUGACGAUCUUAUGCACGCGAAGCGAAAGGUACUUGCAGGUGUAGUUCAAAUGAACGGAGCAGAUCUGUCUAGCGCGAAGGUCAUCGCUAUCACCACCGGCACCAAGUGCAUCUCUGGCAGUUACAUGAGCAUGAACGGCACUGCACUGAACGAUCUACAUGCCGAGAUCGCUGCUCGAAGAUGCCUUAUAUCGUACCUUUACGAUCAGCUGACUUUGCUGCUCUCGUCAGAAACGGCAGAAGAAUCGAUAUUUUGUGGAGACGGUAUAGACUUUUAUCAAUUGAAACCAGAUGUUGAAUUCCACCUGUACAUUAACACCGCACCUUGUGGAGAUGCCCGAAUAUUCAGUCCCCAUGAAGAUGCGAUCGGGGGAGACAAACAUCCUAACAGAAUAUCUAGAGGCCAGUUGAGGACGAAGAUAGAGUCGGGAGAAGGAACAAUACCAGUAAAGUCACAUUCACCUGUUCAGACUUGGGAUGGAGUUUUACAGGGAGAGAGAUUACUAACAAUGUCUUGUUCAGAUAAAAUAUGUAAGUGGAAUGUCCUGGGAAUUCAGGGAUCUUUGUUAUCUAACCUUAUCCAACCAAUAUAUUUCAAGAGUGUAGUUUUGGGCAGUCUGCUACACGAAACCCAUCUGUACAGAGCUAUCUAUGGACGAAUAGAGAACACGCUUCAAGGAUUACCACCACCGUUCAUGUUGAAUAGGCCGCCGGCCUAUCUUAUAACCUCAACGGAAGUACGGUACCCUACAAAAGCGCCCAGUUUUGCGGUAAUAUGGGUUUAUGGCGACGCCAAAGUAGAAAUAGUGAACACAGAAAAUGGAAAAUUAGAGGGAGGCGGUAUAUCAAAACUCUGCAAGAACACACUGAUGAGUAAAUAUCACAACUUGGCAACGAAUUUACCUCUCGAGAACUGUUUGCCUAAUUACGAAUCCAAGGUUUACUGUGAGGCUAAAUUAGCUAAUGAAAAUUACCUGGUUGCAAGAAAAGCUCUCUACGAGUCAUUCCAAAAAGCAGGACUUGGAAAUUGGGUAACGAAACCUAUCGAACAAGAUAUGUUUCAGCUACCAGAACCCAGUCCUGAAAUAAAGGAAGAUACCGAAGAAGCAGAGGAGAUAUUUCCUUUUAAUUUAUAAGAUGUUCUAAAUCAACUGAUCUGUUUUUUGAUAGGUUAGAUAUUGCCCAGAUUUUGUCAUUUAUUUUUUUUUCUGACUUUAAUGAUUAACUUGUCUUAAGUGUACAUUAUUGUUCCUGUGAUUUAUUAAAGUAUUGCAUUAUCUAAUAAAGUGCUUUCUUGUGAUUUUCAA